CAUCCUUGGAUUCUGCCGUGAGCACGGGCCCACUGCACGACAACUUAACGGGACAACAAUGGUGCGCGCCUCGGCGGCUGAAUCCACAUGGCUGCUGGUAGUUCAGGGGACCGGGGAUCGUGGUCAAUGUGACAUUCACUAGCACGCUGGUGUUUGAGGUUAUUGUUCUGGUCCGAGACGCAGAGCAGCGAUUCUCUGAGAAGAUGUUGAGCCGAUUCAUGAGUGGCAGCAUCAGGAAUCUUGAGCGGGAAUACAGCUGCACCGUCAGACAGCUGGAUGAUACGGAAUAUACGUGCAACAUUCAGCGGGAUGCAAAGGGACAGUAUCUGUUUGACCUCACCUGCCACCACCUCAACUUGCUGGAGAAAGACUAUUUUGGCAUCAGAUAUGUGGAUCCAGACAAGCAGCGGCACUGGUUGGACUGCUCAAAAUCAAUUGCAAAGCAAAUGAAAUGUCAGCCUCCGUUCACCAUGUGUCUGAGAGUCAAGUUCUACCCUCCUGAGCCCGCUUAUCUAAAGGAGGAAAUCACUCGAUAUCUUGUCUUCCUGCAAAUCAAGAGAGACCUCUACCACGGUCGUCUCUUGUGUAAAACAUCAGACGCGGCCAUGUUGGCUGCACACAUCCUUCAAGCGGAGAUCGGAAAUUACGACCCUGGGAAGCAUCCUGAAGGUUACAGCUCCAAAUUCCAGUUCUUCCCUAAACAUUCGGAGAAGCUGGAGCGCCGGAUUUCAGACAUACACAAGAGAGAGCUGAUCGGGCAAACACCUGAAACAUCAGAGCGAAAUUUCCUCCAGAAAGCCCAGAUGCUGGAGACAUAUGGUGUUGAUCCACAUCCAUGCAAGGAUGUGUCGGGGAACCCUGCUUUCCUCGCCUUCACACCGUUUGGUUUUGUGGUGCUUCAGGGAAACAAGAGGGUUCAUUUUCUCAAAUGGAACGAGUUGACCAAACUGAAGUUUGAAGGCAAGACGUUCCAUGUAUAUGCAAAUCAGAAGGAGGAAAAAAAGAUCAUCUUGGCGUACUUUGCACCCACACCGGAGGCAUGCAAGCACCUUUGGAAGUGCGGAGUGGAGAAUCAAGCAUUUUAUAAGCAUGAGAAGUCGAGUCAGGUUCGCACGGUGUCCAGCAGCAACCUGUUCUUCAAGGGCAGCCGUUUCCGUUUCAGUGGACGAGUGGCAAAAGAGGUGAUGGAGCAGAGUGCCAAAAUCAAACGCGAACCUCCAGAAAUACACAGGGCUGGCCUCGUGCCCAGCAGAAGUUGUCCAUCCAUCACCCAAGGGCCUCGUCUCGCCAGUGUACCGCGCACGCGUCGCAGAGCUGUGCACAUAUCUAUUAUGGAGGGUCUGGAGUGUCUGCGUGACAGUGCUCACUCGACACCGGUGCGUUCAGUGUCCCACGGGGAAUGCUUCUUACCGCGCUCCCGGAGCCAGGCCGCAGACACCAGUGAGAGGACUGCGGUGAUCUCGGACGAGGCCUACAGCCCGUCCGACAGCGUGCUGCCCACCCCGGUGGCCGAGCACAGCACGGAGCUGGCCGUCUCGCACCAGAUCAACGGGGCGCCCUGCAGCAUCGAGGAGGAGAAAGAGUCAGAGGCAGGCACCCCCAUGCGCGGGGAAGUGGGUGAUAUUGGUGCGGACGGUAGUGUAGGGGGGGACUCGGCUCUCAGCGAGGUGGAACAGGUGAAUAAAUUUGUCUUAAGUGUCCUCCGUUUGCUCCUUGUGACCAUUGGACUUCUCUUUGUCUUGCUCCUCCUCCUCAUCAUCCUCACCGAGUCCGACCUUGAGAUUGCAUUUUUACGUGAUAUCCGCCAGACCCCCGAAUUUGAGCAGUUCCAUUUCGAAUACUUUUGUCCCCUCAGGCGGUGGUUUGCCUGCAAGCUCCGCUGGGUGGGCGGGUUGCUCAUUAACAAGUGAGAGCGAGGUCGUAGAGGUCGUAGAGGCCGUAGAGCUCGUAAGCCCGUUCGGGGGUCUGAGAUGACGGUUAGGACUCCGGAGUGAUGGAGGGCAGCCUCGUCCCAACAUGAACCGUGCCUCUCUCAUCAUCCUCUCACAGACAUUCAGCUUGGACCACUCCUGGUAACACCGGGCCAGGAUCUCUGCUCCCCUUUUCCACUUUGAGUUAACCCCCCUACCCACCCAACCACCUCCUCGUUUUGCUUGUUUUCUUUUUUUCUUCUUCUUCUUUUUUUCUACAAAUCCAGAGGACACCUUUUUGGCAUUUUUUAAUUUUUUUAUUUCAACUCAUUUCAGGUAUUUUUAUUUUUUCAAAUAACACAAAGGAGAAAAAAAAGUAUCCUGAAAUCAAAGAACUGAAGAAGUUUAAACAAUUUAUUUUUCAAGAACAGAAGACUUCAUUGCAAUGGUUGAAAGUUGCCUUCAUUAUUAUUUAUUGCUUUCAAACAUGUAUUUUGCAAAAGGAAAUGAGAACAGAAGAACAGCAAUCGAGGAAGUUGAUUUGUCAUGAAAAGGAAGAUGGAAGUGAGUUAUGUUAGAGAUAUGCCCUUUGGUGUAAAGUCUAUGUGAGGAAAAGGAGUAUAAUAUCAUUUGAUAUUGGUUCAUCCCCAUCAUAAGUCAACUAGAAACAGCACAACAGCAUAUACACCUCAGCAGGAGGAAAACUAACAGUUUGAAGGGAAUAAUGGUGAAGGUUCACGAAACAGAGCAGGCGAUUACAAAAGGCCUUUUUUUAAAGAAUAAGAUGAUGACUGGAUUUUGUGGAUUGUUUAAAUAUACAAUUAGCUUAAGUAGACCUUGGUAUACAAAGUAAACUCAUGAAGAACAGUAUUGUUUUUCUAUGAUUUCUUUUCGGCAUACUGUUAAAUAAAGAAGUACCAAUAGUGUUAUUUGAGCCAGUAGUGUCAGAUGUGGUGAGAGAAAUAUUCAGGACAAGCAAAGAUUUGCUGGCACCAAUAAAUGAUAGUCUAGAUAGAUGUGAAAUUCUCAUAUGGUUUAAAUAAUUAAGUACAUUUUAAUGUGCUCAUUUCUUCUGUUGUUCUGUUAUUUCUCCUUUAAAUUUGAUUUGUAUUUUUCAACAAGUUGAAAUUCGAUGAAUUUCAAUAAUUUCUUUUCAUGAAGAGUUUAUCAUUUUAUUUGUUUCAUAUCAACCUUGCUCUUAGGUUUAUGUAACAUACUAUAUUAUUAUUAUUAUUAGAAUAAGAAUAUUGAUGUACUUUUUGUACAAAUGAGUUUCUUUCCUAAUAUAUAUUGACAGGUUUUCCAUGUAUAUUUUAACAGAACUGAAAUGUUAUUUUGUUAUUGAAGAUUAAAUUAUACCUUUUUUAGAGCUGUGUUUCAAGUAAGGUCAGAAGCAUUUAUGGAAAUGUGGUAGUGGGGACUAAAAAACAGGGUUUUUAUCCAGAUCCACUCAACACUGAUCACACCUCACCACUCCACCAGCAGUGAAUCAGCCUUCAGUGUGUGUGCAAUAUUAAUGAUCAUUUUAAUGAACGUGUAUUUGUACAGCAUGAAGUCUGGAGGUAUCAUUAUGCCACCACAAAUACCAAAUAAUACAAAAGCACAUUUUCAUCAUUCAUUCAUACCAUAUCUUAUUGUACUUGAAGAGUUUGGAGAGGUGACAGCGAGCCUGACCGAUACUGCAUGUUGUGACCCCUGACCUAUAAACUUACACUAGAAUUCAUUCUGAAAAAGUAGGGAGCAACAUUACAGUGGAAACAAUUACUUCAAACACUGAUACCAAUUAAUUGCCAUAUUUCAAGUAAACAGUUUUACACAAAAUAUUUUUGAUUUCUGUUGUUCAUCUUUGUAAAUUUAAUAUCUUUGAGUUUGGGACUGUAGGUUGGAUGUAAAACGAUUAUAAUUAUAAUGGAGACUUUUCACUAUAAACUGACGUUUCAUUGAUCAAACAAUUCAUGAAAAAAAGAUGAGCAGAUAACAAAAACAAACAUUUGAUCAGUAUUAAAUUAAGAAUGAACAAUUAAAUGUGGCCGGAAAUGCAAAGUAUUUGGUGGAAGUCUGCUUGACAAACUGCAGUAUGUAAUGAUGACGUUUUCUGGUGCACCUCGUGCUCAUUAUUUAAAAAAUGAUGUGCAAUAAUGACUUCCUUCCCUUACUUAUCGGCCACAAUAUAAAAGCAGAUACCAAUAAACCGAUAUUGAUAAAUAAUACAUGCUUUUAAAUCGGUCGGUCAGGCUCUAGACUCUUCAGCCUUACGGCUCUAGGAAGCAAUAAUUGCCACGGCUGCUGGAUUCUGGGUAAAAUCUGUUUUUUGUAUUGCAUGUCUACUUCCUGCACCAAGUGCAGGAGUUACUGUGUCUGUACGUGGGAAUGGAGACGAGACUCAAGGUGGUUGGACCGAGAGGAGUGGAAACGUCAAAACAUAUUUUGCCAAAAGACCAGAAGGACUUGGUGGAAGGAAAAGAGAAAGAUAGAGAAUAUGGGAUAUCAAAGGCCUUUAUGAGAGGUUCAAUGAAAGUGGGAUUUAUAAAAUAAUUUGGGAAUGGAAGGCCCUCAGUGGCUCAUCACUCUAAUGGCUGUACAGGGUUGCUUGUUUUUGGCCUGCUGUUUCAAAUGCCACACUCUCUUCCCAGCACCUGCAGCUGCUCCACUGAAGGCCCGAUGGUGCAGCCUCCUUUGUUUGCUCCAGUGUAAUCCGAGCGCAUCACUCUUUCGCUAAAUUGUAGUCCUGACCACAGAGUAGCACGCACUUUGGCGUUGUGGCUGGGUCCACUCUUGUAGCUCAUUAUCCUUCAAUCAUCCGUGGUGGAGGAAGCAGCACUAACAUUUCUCAGCAAGAUGCUGGAGGAAAUAUCACAUCAUUAGAGCUAAAUUGGCAAUAAACCUUCAUGCAUAGAGUGUAGGAGCUUAUUUAUCUCAAGUAAUAAUUUGUAACUUGGUUACGUCCAAUAAAUAGCAAUGCAAAGAAGCACAUUUUCACUAACUGGGUGGAGCAAGGUGGGCAGGUUGACUUUUGUGUAUAUUCAUACUUCAUAUUUAUUACUUCUAUACUGACUGGCCAGUACAGCCAGGCUGACUGGUUAGCAGGACAUCUUUUAAAGGUGUUUCUCAUACAUCUAUUCAGCAUUAUGUAGCUUCAGUGGUCUCUCUGAACAUGCAACAGUAAAAAAAAAAGAAAAAGGCAGCGCUAUUCAAGGAGCAAUAAUCAGUUGUAAGAGCAAAUAUGAUGCGAUUUACAAACUUGUGUAUGAAAAACCGACAAAAAGGAAGUCAAGGAUGUCCUUUCUGUUUCUAUAAAAAAACACGUACCAAAUUGUUGGUAAUUUCUGUCGAACGAAGACCUGCCUACUGAGACACUUGGUUACUGUUUGAAUUCAUUGACAAAAUUUGAUGAAACUCCGUUUUUCCUUCGAGACCUCUUGUGUGGAUGUCUGUUCCGCUGUUUCAUUGUUAAGUGACAGAUUGUUCCUUGUGCCUGGAUCCUAACUCUGCAGUUAACCAAAGUGACAAAGAUGAAAGAAUGGAGAACAAAAGACUCAACAUCCCUAACAACUGUACUUCAGACUGCUCCAUCCUUAAAUCUCCCAGGCCAAGAUGGAAAAACAGUGUUCAUCUGUCUGAAACUAUUCAUAAUGCACACUGGGCAGCCUGCAGUCUUAAUAUCUUAAUUUGUCUUUGAAGGUUUCCUCCAACAAACCGGACUUUAAUGUUACAUUUCAGUGGCCGUGUCCUGUUUACAUAUGUAAGUUAUUUUACUUCAUGGGAGAUUGCUGCAGUUUUUGGCCGGAUGUGUGACUUUUGAUGAAUGAGUGUGACUGUCAUCCAUGGUUUACACAUCAGAAACAGCUGCUCCGUCCCUGAAAAGCAGCAGUGAAGGUACAGCCAUGCAAAUGCAAUGUGGUGCUGUGGAAGUUGAAGCACCGAUUCUUGUGUUGAAAUGUAAUACACGGGGAUAGACUCAAUAACAGAAACACCCACAUGGCAUUAUGGAACAAACCUACGACAAGUCCUAAAUGUUUUCAUUAAGGUGGUGUCAAAGGCAUGUUUGGAGUCAUUUCUGAGGUCUUUCAUCGUGUUUUCUUACAGAACUUUUGCUGUGAGGUGGUUUUGUUAUUUUGUCUACUCCAUGUUUUAAAUGUAUGUGAUACAUUCAGUUUUGAGGAUCGGUAUCAAGAGAUUUAUUCACAAUUGGCUACCUAAAUGUCAUUCCUGGUCAAAAACCCUGUCAUAGUAAUGAGGUUGAUGAAAGUAACUCGUCACAACUGAAGGAAUAUUGAUCUACCCUUUGCCCCCGUCAGCUCCCGGUCAAUGAGUGUGUGUGCAUAUCCAUGUCUGGUGGUGUUCUGUAGUCUGCAUCGUUAUCCUGGGAUUGGAUAUUUGUUUAAUUACGUCAUAUAUAUAGAAGUUAAUAUAUAGACAUAUAUAAAUCCAUGUGCCAAAUCCAGUUCUUGUUGUCUGAUCCAUUCCAAAAUCCAUGUUUGUACUGUAGGUGUACCCUUCUGUACAAGUCAGUAUAAAAUAUUGUUUCUCUCCAAUAGUCCCUUGUAACUGGUGCCAUUCAAUAAAACUAUUCAAACUCAAAAUAAACAUUGAUUUAAAAACAUG